CCCUUCUUUCUUAUCCAGCCCUGUGCCAAUCCAUCUUCCAAUCCCUCCUGUCCUUUUUUUGUCUUGUUUAUUUGUAGGGUUUCUUUCUCAAUCCAUCUUUCAAAAUGAUUAUUUUCAAGGAUAUCCUGUCCGGUGACGAGGUCCUCUCCGACACCUUCAACCUCAAGGUUGUCGACGGUGUCUUCUACGAGUGCGACUGCAAGAAGUAUCUCAAGAAGAAGAACGAGGACUUCGAGCUCGAGGGUGCUAACCCCUCCGCCGAGGGUGGUGACGAGGAUGGUGAGGAGGGUGGUGAGGUUAUGGUCCACGACAUUGAGGACCAGUUCCGUCUUGUCUGGCUCAAGACUGAGGAGGGCAUGAAGCCUUCCAAGGAUGCCUUCAAGUCUCACCUGAAGACCUACAUGAAGAAGGUCCUCACCAAGCUCCAGGAGACUGGCGCCUCCGAGGAGACCAUCAACGAGUUCAAGAAGGGUGCCCCCGCUGGUGUCAAGAAGAUCCUUGCUAACUACGACAACUAUGAUGUUCUCAUGGGCCAGUCCAUGGACGGGGAUGCUAUGCACGUCCUGAUUGACUUCCGUGAGGAUGGUGUCACCCCCUUCGCUACCCUCUGGAAGCACGGUCUCGAGGAGAUGAAGGUCUAAAUUACGAUUCCAUGAAGAAUACUCUCACAUAAAGGAAAAUAAAAACAGAAGGAAGAUGGGUAUCGCUAGUCUCAUUUUUCAUAUAAUAUCCUAAGCUCGCUCUAUCUCGCAUAUUCUGGAUCCCAUUUGAUCAGAGUCACGCCUCAUGAAUCUCAUACCUGUUACGCCCUCUUUACUUUCUUCUUUUAAUCGAGCCCCGCCCCAGAUGCUCUAGACGACCUUGAAAAAUACUAUUCGCAUCACCCACCCCCCGGCAAGAUUAUAUCUCUGUCCAUACCGUAGCCUACAAGUAUUGGUAGUAAACUACCCGCAAAAUAUGCGCCCCAA